GGAAGUGAACAGUAAUUUGGCAUUUUUUCUAAUUUCCACGUUAGCGUUUUUGUUGUUAUUUAGACGUUUAUUAACAUAAUGGAACUCAAAAUAUGACUAUUUUAACUGCACAGCAUCACAUAAUUAUCGCAGGUGGUCUUUAAUUCGCGCUGAAGACAGGACUUGGUUGAUAGAGCUACGUAACGCUAGCUAGUUGCUAACAAUGGCUAACUGUAUGGUUUUUCACACUCAAAUAGCCUCCAUUAUGGAGGUGCUAGCGAAUGCAGCCGUGGCAGAGAUCUGUAAACUCGUAGACGACGACUAUGCAGUGUUUCGUUUGGAAAUUUCUCAAAGCCAGAAAGAAAACAGGGGGUUGCGGAGGAAACUACAACUAAUGGACUGGAAGGUGGCACGGGAGCGCGCAGAGAGGACAAUACGAGAGCGCGUCCCCGCCUGUCGUCCCAGUAGUGUCAAGUUCGUCGAUCGAUACAGAGGAAUGGCAAGAGGUGAAGGACAUCUCACUGUAGGCCACAGGAGCAUUGUGAAGCCAGCGGGACCCAAUGUGUGGAGAGAUGACCAACCCAUAGAUGAGGGGAGUGGAACCUCAACCCAACAUGUUAUUGGGAUAGAGUCUGCAGAUGCAGAGGCUGCAGGUCCUGGAGGAUCGUCUCUGGUCAAGCAGGAGAGGACUGAAGGAGACGACCCACAACACAGCAGAGACAUCCAGACUGGAGCAGCGGCUGGAAUGGCACCCCCUGUAGCUAUGGACGUCCUCGCCACCACGCCCCAGCCCAGGACCCGACGCAGCAUUACGGAGGAAGAGGAGGGUCCAGAGGUGCUGCUGGUGGAGGAGGGGUUUGCGGACGGUCUGGGGAACCCUGAGGGGACCAUGGUCAUGGAGGAAAACCAGACUACACCUCCUCCUGAACCCACAGAGGAACCAGCUGAGCAGCACAGGACCACACACAGUCUCACUGAGUCAGUAGACAUUGUGGAUGGGAUGCCUGAUCUGUUGCUGGUCAAAGAGGAGACAAUAGAAGACGGACCGGAGAGCAAUGAUCUGCUGUGUAGACUAAAGAUGGGGGAGCAAGGUGGAUGGCUGGAGGCUAACAGAGGCGACUGGGUGGCCAUUUUGGCUUCCCAGACCGGUGCAGCCAAGGGCCCCUCGGACAACAUCACUGAGCAGGCCAGGACCAGAGACAAAAUAGUGGAGGUCAGUGGAUGGGACAGCGUCUUCAACUCUGGGCUGGGGAAGAACACUGUUAACCACAACCAGAAACAGACAGUUGAACACAAAACAACCAAAUUUAGUCUCCAUGACAAGAGAAAGGAUGAGACCAGUGCGAGGCGUAGAUUUGGUCUGCACUGACGGGGAGGCCAGGUUCGUAUGCAGCAGGAACGAACAGAGACAGAUUCGGCUAGCGAUGCUCUGUCCUGCUCCUAUAGUUGUGAUUCAGAAAGACUGAUGGCGCCUCAGGUUAACCCCCUAACAGGUGCUGCCUUCAGCCUGCCUUCUAUAGGAUCUAUCAACUGGAACAUGGACCCUGCGACAACACAGACACUCCCUGGCCUUCAUCCUCCUCACAGUCUCCUGUUAAACCAGACCUCAGACAAUGCCAGUGCCUCAACACUAAAUGGCAGCACCAGCCCAUUUACAAAUGACAGUAGUAGUAACGCUAUCAGUAGAUCCUGUGGCAAAGAGAAGCGCUUCCCAUGUUCAUUCUGUGGGAAAGCCUUCAGUUUCCCCAAACAGGUGGAGAUCCACCAGAAGAUUCACACGGAGGAGAAACCGUUCGCCUGCCACCUGUGCCGGGCCAGUUUCUCCCACUCGUCCAAGCUGAAGAGGCACCAGAGGGUCCACACAGGGGAGACAUCCUACAGCUGCCCCCAGUGUGAGAAGAGGUUCUCCCACAAUCACCAGCUGAAGAUGCACCUGAAGAUGCAAAUGGGAGAGAGACCGUUUGCCUGUACACACUGUGGGAAGGUUCUCAGAAAGGAGCUCUCUCAGGAUACACCAGCAGAAAAUGCACAUGGCCCAUGUAACAGUGCUAGUUAGUUUGUUUGUAGUUAAUUCUGUUGGUUUUGGAUGUUUAGGGAACUGAGAAAAGAAUGAGUAUGAUGAGGCAGAGUAGAUGAUAUGGUGAUGGUUGGUGUGAUGGUAUCUGUAAAAAUGCUUCACUGAUGAAGAGUGACAACUAAUUCCCUUUAGGUUGAUGCUGGUGUUUUAUAGUAAGAUAGUGCCUUAAUUCAUGUUUACUUGACAUAAAAUAGUGAAGCCUUUUUAAUGUAAUGAACCUUUUCCAAAGUAUUCUAAAAUAAAAAAAAAUAUCAAAGCAAGGGUGGCAGAUUUACAGAAAAGGUAGAGUGUUACCAUAGUGAGAAAAGUUAUUCUACUUGCCACGUAUGGUUUUGUGCAGUAAACGUUCUGUACUUAACUAUUUUAAUGAAAUUAAAUACAAAAUUGACUCUG